UCGCAACAAACAAAAGUAAAGAAAGGGAAAGAAGAAAGCGCCAAAAUGAACCGCCUCUUCGGCAGCAGCGCCCCCAAAGCGCCCAAACCAACCCUCAACUCAGCCAUCUCCAACAUCGAGGCGCACAUCUCCUCCAUCGACGUCAAGUUGGCCUCCAUCAACGCCGAGCUGCAAGGCUACCAAUCCAAGCUCUCCAAGAUGCGCGAGGGGCCCGGGAAGUCCGCGCUCAAGCAAAAAGCCGCCAAGGUCCUGCGCGAGCGCAAGCGGUACGAGGCGCAGCGCGACCAGCUGCAGUCGCAGGUGUGGAACAUGGAGCAGGCGCAGGCGAUGCAGGACAACCUCAAGAACACCAUGGUAACCAUUGACGCGCUCAAGAGCACCAACAAGGCGCUGCGCAAGGAGUACGGCAAGGUCGACAUAGACAAGAUCGAGCGCAUGCAGGACGAGAUGGCCGACUUGCUGGAUAUAGGGAACGAGAUCCAGGAGAGCCUUGCUCGGAGCUAUGAUAUACCCGAGGAUGUGGACGAGGCCGAGCUCGAUGCUGAGUUGGAGGCGCUCGGGGAGGAGGUUGAGCUGGAGAGGGAGAUGGCGGGCGGCACGAUGGAGGGGGGGUUGCCAAGUUUUCUGCAGGAUGAGGUGCCUGAGUUUAUUGACGAGCCACCAUCGGUGGCUGGGAAGGUGAAGGAGGCUGCUGGCUAAGGGAAAAGCUGAUCAGGAGGCGGAAACGAGCACGGUUCAACUGUGUGGAAGUGUUGGGAGUUUGUUGGUUGGUUAGCGGCAGCGUAUUCGGCGAGAGCAAUCUGAUCUUGCAACGGUACUUCAUGGUGAUUGCGCUUCUAGCAUUGUCAUUACAGUUAAAUGUACAGUUUCGCUGACCCCCUGACGCUAUGUACGGCGCGUCUCCAUCCCAUCGUCAAUUAUCAAAAACCCUUCAUGCCUGAGACCCGAGAAUCCAAGAAUCAUGCAUCCU